AUCAGAUGCUUCUCCGAGAAAUCUCCGAGUGUUGAGUCAAGUUGCGUUUCAGCUACGGAUAUGGCGACGAAGCUUCAGCAGCAGCUGAGGGAAGUCGGAUCCAAGCUCGAAAACCCUCCGACUUCGAAGGAUGUUCUAAUUAAGCUCUUGAAGCAAGCUGCAAAUUGUCUUUCUGAGUUGGAUCAAUCACCAUUGCCGCCAAUGUUGGAGUCGAUGCAGCCUUGUCUUAAUGCCAUAGGGAAGCCUGAACUGCUGAAGCAUCAAGAUAGAGAUGUCAAACUUCUAGUGGCAACCUGUAUUUGUGAGAUUACCCGAAUUACUGCACCAGAGGCUCCAUACAGUGAUGAUGUUCUAAGGGAUAUCUUCCACUUGAUUGUUGGUACCUUUGGUGGAUUACGUGACAUUAGUGGUCCAGCAUUUGGGAGGAUAGUUGUCAUAUUGGAGACUCUUGCGAGAUAUCGGUCAUGCAUUGUGAUGUUGGAUCUUGAAUGUGAUGACUUAGUGAAUGAAAUGUUCAAUACAUUUUUUGCUGUAGCCAGUGAUGACCAUUCAGAAAGUGUAAUAACAUCAAUGCAGACAAUCAUGGUACUUCUGAUAGAAGAGAGUGAGGAUGUUCAAGAGAAUCUGUUACUUGUUUUGUUGUCUGUUUUAGGCCGGGGAAAAAGUGAUGUUUCUAUGGCUGCACGGAGGCUUGCUAUGAAUGUUAUAGAACAUUGUGCAGGAAAACUUGAACCUGGCAUAAAGCAGUUUCUCAUAUCAUCAAUGUCAGGAGAUAAGAGUUCUUUGAGUAGUCAACUUGACUAUCAUGAAGUUAUCUAUGAUCUUUAUCGCUGUGCUCCUCAGAUCCUCUCUGGAAUCAUCCCAUACCUUACAGGAGAACUAUUGACAGAUCAAGCUGAUAUUCGUCUCAAGGCAGUCAGGUUACUUGGAGACCUGUUUGCUCUUCCAGUUUCUGUUAUCACUGAAGCAUUUCAGCCACUCUUUUCUGAAUUUCUUAAAAGGUUGACUGAUAGAGUGAUAGAGAUUCGCAUGUCUGUUAUUGAAUACGUUAAGAGCUGUUUGCUGUCAGAUCCUUUCAGACCUGAAGCUCAUCAAAUCGUAGCUGCCCUCUCUGACCGGCUGUUAGAUUAUGAUGAAAAUGUUCGGAAACAAGUUGUUGCCACAGUUUGUGAUGUGGCGUGUCAUUCCUUGAAAUCUAUUCCAGUUGAAACUACAAGACUUGUUGCAGAUCGCCUUUGGGACACAUCUCUUCUUGUUAGAAGAUAUACAAUGGAGAGGCUAGCUGAACUUUACAAAUUUUACUACUUGAAGUCUUCUGAUGAUUCAAGCAACUCCAAUGAAUAUGACUGGAUCCCUGGGAAAAUUUUGAGAUGUUUCUUUGGCAUAGAUUUCAGAUCAGAGACAAUUGAGGUUAUUCUGUGUGGGUCUCUAUUUCCCGCUGAGUUCUCUAUUAAAGACAAGGUGAGACAUUGGGUUAGAGUCUUCUCAGGGUUCAACAAGUUUGAGGUAAAGGGACUUGAGAAGAUACUGGAGCAGAAGCAAAGGUUACAGCUAGAAAUGCAGAAGUAUCUGUCUCUUAGACAAACGUGCCAGGAUACUGAUACCCCCGAGUUUCAAAAGAAGGUUUUCAUUUGUUUUAGGACCAUGUCCCGCUGGUUUAGUGACCUUGAAGAGGCUGAGGAGAGUUUCCAAAUUCUUGAUCAGCUAAAGGAUGCUAAUAUUUGGAAGAUAUUGACUACUCUACUUGAUCCCAACACUAGUUUCCAGCAAGCGUGGCUGUGUCGGGAGGAUUUGCUUAGGAUCCUUGGUGAAAAGCACAGACUUCAUGAUUUUCUGAGUGCUCUCUCCGUGAAGUGCUCUUAUUUACUAUUCAACAAGGAGCAUGUGAAAGAAAUUCUUUUGGAGGUUUCCAGACAUAAUGCUGCAGGAAAUACUCAAUCUAUCCUUUCGUGCAUGAAUCUACUAGUGAUUCUUGCACGUUUCUCUCCUUCCUUACUGAGUGGUACAGAAGAAGAUCUGGUGCGCUUUCUUAAAGAUGACAAUGAAGGGAUUAAAGAAGGUGUUUUGCAUAUUCUGGCUAGGGCUGGUGGAGUAAUUCGAGAACAAUUAGCCACAGUUUCUAGCUCAGUGGAUCUUAUAUUGGAGAGGUUAUGUCUGGAGGGUAGUCGGAAGCAGGCCAAGUAUGCAGUACAUGCUUUAGCAGCGAUAACGAAGGACGACGGUCUCAAAUCACUCUCUGUUCUAUACAAGAGGCUUGUGGAUAUGUUGAACGAGAGAACUCAUUUGCCUGCUGUCCUGCAAUCUUUGGGAUGCAUAGCACAGACUGCAAUGCCGGUUUUUGAAACCAGAGAGGGUGAAAUUGUAGAGUUUAUAACAAGCAAAAUCUUAAAGUGCAGUGAUAAAGCAGAAGAUAACACUAGAGCUUACUGGGAUGACCGAAGUGAACUUUGUUCUUUGAAGAUCUUUGGUUUAAAAGCAUUGGUGAAGAGCUACUUGCCUGUAAAAGAUGCUCAUUUGCGUCCUGGGAUUGAGAGCCUUGUUGGAAUUCUUAAAAGCAUGCUUUCUUUUGGAGAGAUUUCAAAAGAAAUAGUAUCCAGUCCUGUUGAUAAGGCUCAUAUGAGGCUUGCUUCCGCAAAAGCAAUUCUGCGUCUGUCAAAGAAUUGGGAUCAUAAGAUAUCAAUUGAUGUCUUUCACUUGACCUUAAUAACAUCAGAGGAUACUUACCCGCAAGUAAAGAAACUAUUCCAUAGCAAAGUACAUCAAUAUAUAAAAGAUAGGCUUCUGGAUGCAAAGUAUGCUUGUGCCUUUGUAUUUAACACAGUCGGAACCCAACAACUAGAAUUUAAAGAGGAUAAACUCAACCUUGUUGAAAUUAUUCAGAUGUGUCACCAAUUGAGGGGACCUUUUUCUAGGCUUUGUGAUGGAAACCCGCUGAUGGUUUAUCCCGAAUACAUUCUUCCAUUCUUGGUCCAUACCCUUGCACAUCAUUCCUCAUGUCCUGAAAUUGAUGACUGCAAGGACGUUAAAGCAUUUGAACCAGUAUACAGGCAACUGUAUUUAUUUCUUUCAUUGCUGCUGCAUGGAGAUGAAGAUGCAAAGCUGAAGUUUACUGCUGGCAAAGAUGAGGAGAGUGUUACUACAGUAAUCUCCAUCUUCCGAAGUAUCAAAUUUUCAAAAGAUGUCAUUGAUGUAAUGAAGACAAAGAACUCUCAUGCAAUCUGUGACCUUGGACUGUCAAUCACUAAACAAUUAGUGAAAAAGAAAGAUGAUAUGAUGGGGUCAAUAACAUUAGUUCCACUACCUCCGGCGCUUUAUAAAACACAAGAAAAAGAAGAUGUUGAAUCUUUGGUCAGUGAGGGGAAAACGUGGUUGGCUAAUGAUGAUGUUGUGGCUCAUUUUGAGUCUCUUAAGUUGGACAGUAAUGGAUUGGUUCAUUCUGGGAUUCUUGAGGAUGAGAAGGUUCUGAAAGCUAGUGAUAGAGAUGAGAAUGAAGUACCUCUUGGGAAGAUGAUGAAACUUUUGAAAUCUCAACAAACCAAGGCAAAAAAAGUGGUGAAGAAUAAAGAUUUGCCAGCUAAAACACAAAACCCAGAAAUUGAUAUUGAUAUCUUGGGAAUGGUGAGGGAAAUAAAUGUUGAAAAUCUUGAAAAAUCCAAGAAUUUGGAAUCAGAAAAUGGUCAUGGAUGCUUUCUAGGUGAAGGAACAGAAGAUGAUCAAAGCAUGGACGAGAAAAUUCCAGUAUCUCGUAAAAGAAAGAGAAGAAAACCUAAUGGCACAACAUCAAUUGCCGUGCCAAAACGUAGGAGGUCUUCAUCUCAGGGUGUUCAGAAAUCAUCUCAGUCAAGGAGUUCUUCAAAGGUUUUGGAAAAAGCUUCUACAGACAAUUCUCAUUGGACUGAAAUAUCCUCUUUGGAGCCUAUUGAAAUGGAUGUGGAUAUGGACUCUGAUUCAGAAGAUAAAAUCACUUUGGAGAAGGAAAUGGUUAAACCAACCUUGCCUCCAAAGAAAAGCUCCUCGUCAAAACGUAAAGGCACUGGUCACCAUUUGAAUGACUCAGCACAAGUGUUUGGCCAAGCUGAUGAAUGCGAGCUGAAGAAGCCUGGUGUGCCGAUGAAGACCGAUAAGAAUAAUUUCACAGGUAAUGCGAAAUCCUCUGCUGGAAAUAUCAAGAAGCAAAAAAGAAGAAGCAUUGCAGGAUUGGCAAAGUGUUCUUUGAAGGAACGUGAUAAUCGCAGCACAGACCUACUUGGAUGCAGAAUUAAAGUUUGGUGGCCAUUGGAUAAGCAGUUUUAUGAAGGUGUGGUACAAUCUUAUGAUGCAGGAAAGAGAAAACAUGUGAUAAUGUAUGACGAUGGAGAUGUGGAAGUGCUCAAUUUAGAGACGGAGCGGUGGGAGCUCAUUCAUGAUGCUCACAAGCCUAGAGAGCGGUUAAACUUGCCAAAGAUAUCCUCCUCUAAAGGAAGCUUUAAAGGAGUGUCAGCUCAGAAGAAACAGGAUAAAAGGUUUCCAGGCGGACCAGGAUGGAAUAAUAUAUCCGUUAAGAAACAGAAGAGAACGCCUAAGAAGACUUCGGGGCAUAGACGAAGUCAUAUAUCAGAAAGUAAAGUUGAUGCUGACUCAGAAGUUGAGAGCAGAGAUGCUUCUCACUCAUCAAGUCCCGAGCAUGUCAUAACUGUAGAACCAAAUGAAAUGGAUGCCGGGAAACAGAUAGAUGUAACAGAGAAGAGCCUUGCAGAGGAAUCCAGUGAAGGGAAGCCAGAUUCUAGAGGGAAACUGGUGGAAGAUGUGGGGAUGUGCUCAACAGGUGCAGAGGAAUCUGGUGAAGAAGAGAAGCCAGAGUCCGAAGGGGAGGAGCCGGUUCAAGAUACAGCUAAGAACACGUCCAAUAUACAGGACAGUGACAAAGAAGAGGAAUCAGAUUCUGAAGAACGGGUAGGAGAAGCACAGAGUGGCCCAACUGAUGAUGAGGCAUCCAAUAGAGAAGAGCAAUCAGAUUCUGGAGGCAGCGCAUCCGACAAGGAUGAGAAAUCAGGUCCUACCGAGUCUGGAGACACUGGAGAUUCUGGAAAUUCUGACAGUGAACCCCUUAGCAUGUGGAAGCGCCGGGCAGGGAAAUUAGUUUAAAAGCCAGUGAACUGAUCUUCCAUUUUAAGAUACAGGCAGUGGCACUAUGAGAAGUGUGAGAUUGUUGCUGAAGCCUAAACAAGGGGAAUUCUACCUUAUGCAGGGGCACUAAUAAACAGUGCUGAGCAUGUCUCUCAUUGGGGGCUCGUGUACUAUGUAUAGUACGAACUACUCUUAGCCAUCCACUUUCAUGUAAAAUUGUUUCAGCGGUCCUGUGUAUUAACAACCGUAGUAGGUACUUAGGGUUAAUCUGUAAGUGUAUGAUAGGUGGAUUUUAUCCCCUUCAAUAAACAGGCCACCAUUGAUUGAGCUGAUCGGCAACAUGUACAGUAAAUGCUUGUAACUCUAUUAGCUUACACUUCACCCCCUUCAACUCUAUUUGCUAACUUAAUCAAUUAUUGUAUUAUCAUGU